UUACCAAUGCCGAACGAUCCAUGAUGUAACACCCGAUGCCUGUGUUCGUCAGUCGCGGUUUACUUAUGAGGGAAGAGUAUACGAAGCGAGAACGCGGAAUGCGAUCGUAAAGUCAACGGCGUUGGUUCUACUUGCACACUUGUCAUCUACUGCGUACAGGAAUUGAUAAUACCUCAACGAUUCUUCCCACACCGUGUAGCGCAAUUGCUAGGUGUUUAUUUACACGCUACAAAUCCGUCGAACCGUUACUAUGGACUCCACCGUGUCAGCGUCAAAGGGUUGUUUUGUUUUUAAAAAACAGAACUCCGAAAAGAAUAAAAAAAGAAAAAGUAAAGGGAAAAAACAACUGAAAAGCAAUGAGCUUAAAACUGAAUUAUGGCAUUCUACGUUUAUUGAUAUUUGGACUGAUGUUAAGUCCAAACUUGAUGAUUUAAAUGAAUCAAUAUAUUCAAAAUUUAUUUCUGAGUCUGUAGAUUUUAUGACUACAACAAACAAUACUGCAAGUCAUAAAAAUAUUCCAACAGCAUGUUUACUUACAGGAGUAAAUUUGCCUGAUCAUGAAUCAUUAUUUGGAUUAUUAGCUUCUAGUUUAGAAAAAUCCAAGCCCCCUGUAGCUGUUGCAAUACUGUUUUCUGAACAUUUUACUAGUGUAAAAAGUGCAGUUGUAAAUAUGGUGUCACAAUUGAUAAAUUCAAAAGAUGAUUACUCUGAUUCUGACGAAGAAAUAGAUGAAAGUUUAAACCAAAAGUCUUUCAUAAAACGAUCAGAAUGUUCAAUAUCAACCCUAAUUGAUUGGUACAAUGACCAACCAAUUGGUACUCGUGUAGCAAUUCUUGUAAAAGAUUUUGAAAUGUGUCAACAGACUGUCCUACAAAAUUUCAUCUUACUAUUAAGUUGUUAUAUAGAUAUGAUCCCAUUUGUUUUGGCUAUCGGUAUCGCCACUUCUAUUUCAAAUUUACAUAAUGCUUUGCCUCAUCACGUGGUAACUAAGUUAAAAGUAAAAAUGUUUGUUAGUGAAGCAUCUGUGGUAUUUUUAAACAAUAUUAUGGACAAGGUAUUUUUAAAACCAGAUUGUUCAUUUUAUUUGGGUGGUCGUAUUUUGGAAUAUGUAACUGAAGUAUUUUUAUACUACAAUUUUUCUAUUAAACAGUUUGUAGAAAGUCUUAAGUUUUGUCUCAUGGAGCAUUUAUAUCUUAAACCUCUCAACUGUAUAUGUGUUGCUCAUGAAUCAGCACAAGGAGAUUUAUUUGAUUCAUUAGAUGAAGAAACUCUUAAAGAAUUAACUAAAUUACGCUCAACUAACUAUAAACUAAAACUUGACUACAAUUUAAAAGAAACUUUUUUAAAAUUAAUCAAAGAAUUGAAAACUUGUAUUGAAGAUUUUAAUAUUGGUUUAAGAAUUUUGCAAAUUUUAGUGGCAGACUUACCAAAUUCGCCAUUAGGCACUCAACUCAGAGAAAUGUAUUCCAUUGGAAUGAAGAAACAUAUAAUUGAUGAUCCAUCAUUUAAAACAUGUUUGCAAUUAUUAAAAUUUUUAUCUAAAGGUGAUUUACUUACAAAAUUUGAUAAGAUAUGUCAUAUUUUAAAAAAUUCCAAAAAAAAUAAAAGAGCAAAAUAUGCAUUAAAAUUAGUUCAAAGUUAUGCAAUAAGUAUUGAAGAAGCCCAAUUAAGUAAUGUUAUUGUAGAAGCAAAAACUCAAGUAGAUUUAAAACCCCUAGAGAAUUUGAAAGUUGUCUCUAGAUCACAGUUCAAAAAAAAACUUAUUGACAAUGUCAAACACGAAGAUAUCCGACCAAUGACUGAAUUUGAAAAAGCACGUUCAAAAACUUUAGAUGAUUUAACUGAUGUUAUAUUAAGACAGUUUCUUACACCUCCCACUACCAUGCCUUUACAUGAAUUGUUAAUAUUUGAUGAUUUACCAUCGAUUAAACGCAAAAUAAUUGGGGAGGACAGAGCUGCUCAAUAUACAGCAUUUGUCAACCCUCAACAUUAUAUUGAUUGUGACUGCUGUGAAUUAGAAUAUACCGAACAAAUAUUAAAAACCAUGCCAGAUAUUUGUAUUGUGUACAAAUUACACUUGGAGUCCAGAUUUGAUCAAAUUAAUAUUUAUGAUUGGUUGCAGAAAUUUAUUUCAGUUGUUGGUUCUGAUCAAAAUGAACUUGACAAUGACAAUGAUGUAGAUCCAGCACUACAAGCUCGAUUUAUACGAGCUAUAAAUGAAUUGCAGCAUUUAGGAUACAUACGUAAGUCCAAGUACAAAGCAGACCAUAUGCAGCGCCUUACAUGUGGAUCUUAUUGAGAAUUACAUUAUUUAUUUAGUUUUAAUUUCCAUUAUAUUUAUUUGUGUAUCCAAUAUUUUAAUGUCAGAU